AUGACAAUAAUAUCUGUAGGCUACUUUAUUCCAUCUGUUCUGGUAGACGAUGGCCCUCUAGAGACUGAAAUCACUCUUGACUUUUACAUGUCACUUUGGGAUCUUUUCUGGUACACGGAAAUCGUGCACAUUGCCUUAAUGGCAAUCAAUAGAUUUGUAUGCAUUGUAUAUCCACCAUAUUAUGCGGUUUUCUUCUCUCGCACUAAAACACUUCUUAUAUUAUGUAUUACCUAUAUCGUAGGAUUCACAAUUAAUUUUCCUACGCUUUUUCCAACGUGCUAUAUACUAUACAACACGCACUAUUACAUGCCACUAUACGCUGACCCGAAUACAUGGUGA